AUGUCUGCAGCGGUCGACUUUGCUCCCCACAAUUUUGGCCGUCAUACCCCGUUGGACGAGCAACAGCUUCAGCGGCCAUCCCAAGCAAGGCAGCUUCCACGGCUGCCACCCGUGGCCACCAUGAUCCCAGCCGCGGCGUCGAGCCACUCGCCCGUACUGCCCAACGGCCGUGAAGCUUCUUACUACGGCGGGAAACCGACAUACUAUUCCGACUAUGCCACCCCUUCUCCCGUGGGCCAGACGCCGCCGCCCCAGUUGCCAAUCCCGAAUAGCGAUCCUCGCCCGUUGUCGAGGCGGGCAACGGAUCUCCAACGCUCUCCAGCGUUGUCGUCUCCAGCCAGCGACCGACCAUCGGAGGAGGUGGCUCAAGAGUUGCGGUUGAGGCAGAUGGGCAGCUUACACGAGGCUCACGGCCAAGCGCAAAUAUCACGCCCCUUCGUCCACCAGCCAUCGCCACGAUCACGAGGCAACUCCUUGCAACACGACAGUGCCUUUGCUCCAGCGUUAGUCACCGCCCCCUCCGCGGGGUCCUACUCUUCUCCAAUAUUAAGCAACGGGCGCUCUUUGUUGCCGCCGCAGGUGCCACGAAGCCCGCCGAGCAUACAAGCCAGCGGUUCCCCGCGCCAGGAACCCAAAUCGAUGAGCAUCUCCAACCUCCUGAGCUCCGAGACCAACAACACAACCACGAUGAUGACCACACCUACCACUACCACUACCCCCAACGCCACCGUCGCCGGCAACCCCCCACCCCCAACCAGCAUGCCGCGCACGCCAACCACCGAAUACCGCAUCACCGUCCGGCAGCAACCCCUGGCGGCGCGCAGCUGCGGCUUCGGCGAGCGCGACCGGCGGGUGAUCGACCCGCCGCCGAUCGUGCAGCUGACGAUCCACGACGAGACGCUGGGGCCGGACGAGCUGGCGCGGCGGCUGCGGCACCAGUUCUCGGUGGUGCACUGCUCCAUCUGGGACGAGCGCGGGGUGCGCGACAUGUCGAGCAUGCCCGAGGACUUCCGGCAGCAGCGGCGGCUGAUGGGCACGCUGGUGGCCAGCCCCUUCGUCGGGCUGGACGAGCACGGCGCCGAGGGCUGCUUCUUCUGCUUCCCCGACCUGAGCUGCCGCACCCCGGGCGCGUUCCGCCUCAAGUUCGCCCUCGUCGUGCUCGACCCGGCCCGCAUGCGCGUCGGCGAGCGCUCCGCCAUCGUCGCCACCGCCAUGAGCGAGCCCUUCCAGGUGUACAAUGCCAAGGACUUCCCCGGCAUGCAGGCCAGCACGCCGCUGACCAAGCGGUUGAAGGAGCAGGGCUGUCUGAUCAGUAUCAAGAAGGGGAACGAGAAGCGGGACGCCGGCGGGGGCGCCGGGAAGGGCGAUGUUGACGAUGAGGAUGAGGACGAGGAGGAGGGCGGCGGCGGCGGCGAAAGUAGUAGCGGGGCUGGCGGGGACGAGAAGGGGAGGCCGAAGAAGCGGACGAAGAAAUAG